AUCAGGAAGUACUGCGACUGAUGUCCGUCUGCGAGCGAGAGACACGAAGAGGGAGGAAAAUGCUAGAAAUGGACGCCGGAAAAUAAAUGAACUGCGUAUGAACGACAACGAAAACGUUUGAUUUAAACCACUACGGGAAACGGGAGCUUUUUUGUGGGAAAGAGAGAAUCGAUCAGGUCACUGUGACCUAAAAUCCACGAACAGUAAUAUCCUCAAAUUCAUCAGAGAAAAAGAGAUCAAAGCAAAAAUGAGCUCUCACGAUUCGGAGGUGUACACGCUCGCGCCGGAGAUGCCGGCGAUGUUUGACGGCAUGAAGCUGGCGGCAGUCGCCACGGUGCUCUAUGUCAUCGUCCGGUGCCUAAACUUAAAAAGUCCCACAGCUGCUCCAGAUCUGAUCUAUCAGGAUACAGCGCUAAACCACUUCUUACUCAAAUCCUGUCCUAUCCUGACCAAAGAGUACAUUCCUCCUCUACUGUGGGGUAAAAGCGGUCAUCUACAGACAGCCCUCUAUGGAAAGUUGGGUCGGGUUAGUUCUCCGCACCCGUUCGGCCUGCGCAAAUAUCUGCCCAUGCAGGACGGGGCAACGGCGACGUUCGACCUCUUUGAACCGCUGGCGGAUCAUCAGACCGGAGAGGACGUCACUAUGGUUAUUUGUCCUGGUAUCGGGAAUCACAGUGAGAAGCACUACAUCCGCACGUUCGUGGAUUAUUCACAGAAACAGGGUUACCGAUGCGCUGUGCUCAAUCACCUCGGGGCCUUGCCAAACAUUGAGCUCACCUCUCCUCGCAUGUUCACCUAUGGCUGUACAUGGGAGUUUGCAGCUAUGGUGGGCUUCAUAAAAAAGACACACCCCCAAACCAAACUUAUCGUCGUGGGCUUCAGUCUGGGUGGAAACAUCGUGUGCAAGUUUUUGGGAGAGAACAGCACCAAUCAGGAGCGAGUCCUGUGCUGUGUCAGUGUAUGUCAGGGAUACAGUGCAUUGAGGGCUCAGGAGACGUUUCUGCAGUGGGACCAGUGUCGGCGUUUCUAUAACUUCCUGAUGGCAGACAACAUGAAGAAGAUCAUUCUGACCCACAGGGGCGAAUUGUUCGGGGUCGGCUCCAAUAAAAUGGUUGAUGCAGAUCUGAGUCGACUCUACACCGCCACAUCCCUCAUGCAGAUCGACGACAACAUCAUGAGAAAAUUCCAUGGACACAACACUCUGAAGGAAUACUAUGAGAAGGAAAGCUGUGUCCAUUACAUUCAUAAUAUAAAUGUGCCUCUGUUGCUGGUGAACUCUGCUGAUGAUCCUCUCGUUCAUGAUUCUUUGCUCACCAUUCCUCGCACACUUGCAGAAAAGAAAGAAAACGUCAUCUUUGCCCUGACACUUCACGGCGGUCACCUGGGUUUUUUCGAGGGUGCCGUGCUGUUGCCUCAGCCCCUCACCUGGAUGGACAAAGUCAUCGUGGGUUACUCAAACGCCAUCUGCCAGUGGAAAAAACAGAAGCCGCCGUGCCAAAGUCAAGACGGCCAUUCCAGCGAAACCAAAUGCCAAGACAGUCAAUCCUAACCGUCCUCGAAAUCGUAGAUUUUCAUCUCGCACACGACGGAUUACACCACAUGCAUCGUCAAGCAUUAUCCAUCGGUGGAGAAAUCGCCUUCUUUCGGGUAUCAUGGUUUAUUGACGCAAUUGCUUCAGCGUUUCCAGUGGAGAAAACAAAAAGUCACUUUAUAAGUUAACUACGUAGUUAACUUUUACAUGACUACAAUCAACAACUCUUCCCUCUGAUUAGGAAACAUUACGAACCGGUUAGUUUUUGACUGCCGUAGAGGACAAGCUCAGGCGGAUGAGUUACACAAAAACACAGCCAGGUCAAAUUUCACCCCAAAUACCAAAACAUUGCGUUAUUUUUAUUAUAACAAAGCACUUUUUCUUUAAAUUCUCAUUACUGUAAUUUUACUGUAACUUUUACAGUAUUUCCGUUGCUCUUAGUGUUCACAUUAAAUGCUUUUUAAAACAGUGUUUAGCAUAAAUGAAGGCUGUGAAACAAAUAUUAGUUUAUUAUUUAAAUAGUUUUACAUUACAGUAAUUCGAAUUGGCCCUUACUUCAUACAGACUUUCUAUAAGACUUUAAGCAAAUUGCGGUUUUGUAUUUUUUUAUUUCUAUUUCGGGGUGAAUUAUGGCUGUGGAUAUGUUCAAAAGUCAGCUUAGUAAACAAACACUGCUUAUUUCGCCAUACGCAACAGCUGACUUUAUAGAAAGUGGCCGUUAUGCAGGCACUAUGUGCUUAUAGAUACGACAGACACGAUGCUUGUGUACAUUAUUGCGUGAUAUUAAGCAACUUAAUUUUGUGUUUAGACUGGAUUCAUAUUGGGACUAUAAGGUGUAUUUCACUACCUAGGCCUUCGACACAAAAAAUCUUAAUUUGCUGUAUGUACCCAGGCCUUGUGUGUUAAUCCAAAUACAUUCCUAGUCAUUUAGUUUUUGUUUAAGCACUUUUAUAUAACAUCUGCCCUCAUUUUAUUUUUAAUAUGAGUAAUUAUUAUAAUAAUUACUGUUACCAGAGGGAGAAAAGAGAUCUUCAGUGUAAAUCUAACCUCUUGGUUUUGUAACACGUACCACAUAGUUUUAAAGGGAUAGUUCACCCAAAAAUGAAAAUUCGGUCAUCAUUUACUUUCUUUCAUGUUGUUACAAACCUGUUUCAUUUAGAAGCUAUUCUAAGGAUCACGAGCCCCAUUCACCUCCAUAGUAUUCUGUAUUCCUACUAUAGAAGUCAAUGGGGCCUCUGAUCGGAACAUUCCUCAAAUAUCUUCCUUUGUGUUCAUCAAAACAAAGACAUUUAUAUUUAGGUUUGUAACAACAUGAGAGUUAGUAAUUUUCUUUUUUUUUGUAAACUAUCCCUUUAAAUUGUCCCACAGAAGUUGCUGGUGCAGUAUUUGUUUUGUUGAAAGCGGUAGAUUUACUGUAGAUUGUGUAAAGUGUUGAUUCGGGAGCCAGUGGGAGACAACGGUGCAUUUUAAAAAUGCAUGUCUGUGAAAUCUGUGCUUUCAUUUACAAUUUGCUUAAACUUUUAUCUGUUUUGUGCAAUUGUUCGAUUAUGUAUGUACUGGAUCUUUCUUUACUUUGGUGAUAUAUUAAUGGAGACAUGAACUAAAUGAAAUGGCACAGAGGGGGUAUAAAGUGGUGAUACCUGUAAAACAAAAAGCAAAAUUUAAAGGGAACAAAAAUGUGUCUUUGACAGAGAUUUUUUUUUCGUGAAGCAAGAAAUGAGUAAAUCUCAUGAAAUAAUGUCUGGGUCAUUUUCACUUCAAAAUCACAAAGAAAUUAUAUUUAUCAAUUUAUACGAAAACAAUUUGAGCAUCAUAAAGUUUAUUACGUUUUGCAUUAUGACGUUGUUUUAUAGUUAAGCACAAAAUCUUCCCCUCAGGAAUCUCAUUAUUACAAUCAUAACCAAACGUUUUUACAUUUAUGCAUUUUUUAUAUUGAAAAAGCUUAAAUGUAACCGAAAGCAGCUUGUUUAGGAACUCAUUCACAAUAGUGAUUCUCAUUCGUCAGUGCAAUAAUGUUUUAUUGUGUUACAAGGACUGUAAUACAUUUAUUAAAACCAGCAUAGAUGAAUGGCAGUACAUUAACAACUACUGCACAUAAAUAAUGCACUAUGAAUCUAUUAUGUCUUGACAUCUUUUGGUGAUAUGAUCCAGAUUUUUUUUUCAGGUUUGGUGAGAUUUGCUCAUAAACUUCAUUAUAAUAUCGUUUGUUAUAGCAUUCCUAAUUAAUUACAUUUAGUCAGUGGAGAAACGACGCCCCCUAUAGAAAAAACAAUCUUAUUAUGCUGCUAUGUGUAAUUUUAUUUCAAUCAGACACUGAAACUAAAUGUUUGGGAAAUAUAAACCACAUACAUAAGUUCAGUAUUAAUCGUAUUAGAAAUAUAGUUCACCUGUCUGUUUAUUUAGUUGACUCUUUUGUUAUGUAUUCGGUCAGAUAAAGUCACGUAACGUUCUUGGUUUCUUCCGAAUGGGUGUUAUUGCAAGCGUAAAUCCAAGAGCUGAUGAUUGUUUGGGUUUUUUAUUUUUCUGGUGAUUCAUGUGAACUUUAACACCAGCACAAAUUUAAUUUUUUGAUGUAUCUGGAUCCAGUUUGCCUUUCAAAAUGUCUCUCACUUUUUUGCACAGAAAAUAAUGGAUUAUGAUUUAUAUACUCAAGUUAACCAAAUUUUAAUUUUGUAUUUUUUCAUUAACUUCAUUGUUGGGAUUUUUAUUCGCUUAUGUACGGACUUACGUUUGUAAAUGAGUGUAUGUGGUUGAAUGUUUGCAUCAUUUUCACUUAAUUGAGCUAAACUAAAAACAGUUGAUGUAUAGAAACAUAUUUCUAAAAUGAGUAUAAUAUAUGAUGAAUAUAUUCCCGGUUUAUGGAAGCCAGGGAACAUUAAAUUGUUUGAGCAAUAA